GCUGAGGUUCCGCCCAUACCUGAGCCCAGGAAGAUUGCUGGUUGGUUGGGAAGGUGGGAGCGGCUGCAGGGGAGACUCAACAUUGCAUUGGGUUUGUUCACAGCAGCAGUAGUGAUAGUAGCAGCAGCCUUCUCGAUAGCAGAGGAGUUCUCUCUCCUCUCUCUCUCUCUCUCUCUCUCUCUCUCUGUGUGGGGAUUACAAUUAUCCAGGAGCAGCAACGAGUUUCCCAUUCCUGUGGAUUGCAGUCAACCCCUUCUGAGCCGGCCCCCAGUCUGUGUGAAGCGAGAGGAGGAGAACUGUCUCCACACUGACCAGGUCACUCAAUGCCAGCAACGAGCUAUACGGCGAUGGAGCUAAAAGUUUGGGUGGAUGGAGUGCAGCGUGUAGUGUGUGGGGUCACUGAGGAGACAACCUGUCAAGAAGUGGUGAUUGCACUGGCACAGGCUAUAGGUCAGACUGGCCGCUAUGUGUUGAUUCAGAAAUUGCGUGACAGUGAGCGCCAGCUGCUGGCCAACGAGAGCCCUGUCCAACUGCUGGCCAAAUGUGGGCAGUACGCCAACGACGUCUGCUUCCUGUUACGCCGCACCGGCUCCACUCAGUCGGACAGGCCCACCCCGGGCAAUGGUGCUCAGACUCCGGAACCUUCUUUCAGCAGGACUGUCCCCGCCCCUGCUAAACCGACUAACCCUGAGCUCCCAAAGCGGCAUGUGCCGAAGAAAUCCCUGACGUUUACCGGGGGGGCGCUGGGCGCUCCCGAUCUCGCGGUCCAGAACAAAUGGCGGGGCAAGAAGCUGAGCGGGGCAGAGGCCCGGGACGACGCUUCCCAAGCUCCGAGCAAGGAAGAUCUCUUCAAACUGAUUCUGAUUCAGCAGGAGCAGCUCAACUCCGUCUCUGCCCAGCACGAGUCCUUCGACAGCCAGAUUAAAUCCUGGGAACAGCCCGGCAUUCCCGACUUCGAGAAGCAGCUGGUGCAGCUGGAGGAAGUGAUCAGGAGGAACGAGAAGGAGAUGGAGGAGGAGCAGUUCUGGGAGAGGGAGCUGCAGCUGGAGAAGGAGCGGGAGAGGGAGCUGCAGAGACACUUGAACAAACUGAAGCAGAGCCUCCGCGACAACAUGCAGAGGCUGCACGAGAUUAGCAGCCGGACUGAACUCUUGGACAGAGAGAUCCUGCGGGAGGAGUCGGAUCGGGCGAGGAGCCUGGCAGCGGCUCACAGAGCGGCUCACGCCAACACUAGGGAGGCCAUCGACCGAGUAAGGGCCGAGAUUGAAGCAAAAACACAGCAGAACCAGCAAAUACAGACGUCUCUCGUUGAAGUAGGGAGAACCUUGGAGGAAGCGGACAGGAGAUUGCAGGCCAAAACGCAAGAGUUGGAGGAGUUAAAUAAAGAGCUGAGACAGUGCAACCUACAACAAUUUAUCCAGCAGACUGGAAGUGGGGGCACACAGAGCAGAACUGAAGAGGAGUCGACCACAGAUGAACCAAGCCAGCAACAGUCGCCCACACACUGGAACGGAGACAUUCACAUUUCAGAAACCGACUUCCCACCACGACAGACAGCGAAACAGUUCCUGGGGAAUCCACGAAACCUCCAGAACCCUCUGGUGUCGAGCUUAAACCCAGAAGAAUUUCAUCAUUGGAUAGUAGGUAGCUGACAAAAGAGCAGGAGCCUGUAUGAAGCUGUAAACUGAAUUCAGGGUGAUAUUGUUAUAAAGUCAUCUCUGCCCAAUCUGGCCUGUACAUUGAGAAAUAUAAUCUAUGUUAGGUUGGCUGUUAACAGUCACAUAUUACAUAAAGGAACCUAUUCCUUCUGAUAUGUUUUAAAAUUAUUAUUUUAAGUAUAUAUUCAAAAUAAAGCAGAACUGGAAACCAAAA